AUGUAUAGAAAAUUAAUCGAUAUUGAUGAAAAACGUGAUCAUUUUGAAAUUGAACUUAUUAAAUAUGAAUUAGAACUUAAAUUAUUAAUAUUAAGUAUUUGUCAAGUUAUAAAAAUGAUUAGUCAUCCUAAAGUACAAGAUAUUCAUUUUGUUUGCUGUCUAAAAGGUGUUAUUAAUUCAUCACGUCGUCAAUGUAAUGCAACAUUUAAUAUUCAUUAA